UUCCUUUUUUUUCGAAGACUAGCUUUUCCAGUAUUGCUACCCUCGACUCGUGUUUAUCGAUAAACCAACACUGAUUAACCAACACUGAAAACCAACACACUAAAGAAUUAUUUUGUGCAGUCAUUUUCAGUCAUUUUCUGUCAUCCUCACGUGAAAAAUUCUUGAAGUGCUCUGUUUUAAUUUUACAAUGGUACAUUACCGCACACAAGAAACUAGUGGUUCGCCACCGAUGCCCCUUCGCCAGAGCGGGCACACGUCGGGUCACUGUAAUGUGCGCUGCGACGGCUGCGGCAACAGCAAUAUGACCUUCUAUCGCUACAAGUGCCUGCGCUGCCUGGACUACGACCUUUGCUCCGUCUGCAAGGAAAAGGGGGUCUUGAACGGGUUGCACCUUAAGGAGCACCCGCUCCAGUGCCUAAUGGAUCGUGAUGCCCUUGAGCUGCAUUUCGCCGGCGAGCCGAUUCCGAUUUUGUGCGCCGACAGCUUCACGUGCCCUGUGUGCGGCGAAAUGGGGUUUUCCUUGUGGAAUCUGAAGAUGCACUGCCGAGACAACCAUACCAUGGCGCACACAGUCGUUAUUUGCCCGGUCUGCGCGGCGGUCCCAUUGUCGCAACCGAGUCAAAUCGAUCACAUUACCAAUCACUUGUUGUUCUCGCCAUCGCAUUGAUCUCCAGUCGAUCCCUUGGCUAAUUCCAAAGAUUGGGAUUAGCCAUAAAUCCUUCGCAUCAGGAUGACGAAGGAGCAUUCCACAAAAUUAAGCGUUUGCAGAUUUUGACAACACACCAAAAACCACACAAAAACAAAAAAACAAGCAUUUGUACCGCUAAGGAAUUCGCAUGCGGAAUCAAAUGCUUCCUUUAUUCGUUUGAUGAGGAAUGACAAAUGUUAAAAAAACUAAAAAAAACAAAACA